UUGGAUCGGACCCUCUCGAGCAGCCCAACCUGGACCAGACCGUUUCCCAAACUGGAUUCCCGGAGCUCGUCGCCAUGCAUGCCCGGGUUUAGGUUCUCCAUGGAGAUGUCGAACCUGUACGAGGCGCCCGCCCGGCCCCCGCCGGGGGCCCUGACGCACGGCCAGCAGCUGCCCCCCGGCUACAGAGACCCGUCGGACCUCGGGGGCGACAUCGGUGACAACGAGACCUCCAUCGACCUGAGCGCCUACAUCGACCCCUCGGCGUUCAACGACGACUUCCUGGCGGACCUGUUCCACCACGGUCCCCGCCAGGACAAGCUGAAGACGAUGAGCGGAGAGUUCGAGUCCGCGCACUGCGCUGCUCCGGGUCCGCAGAUCUACAACUACGUCGAGUCCAAACUGGAGCCGCUCUACGAGCACAGCCAUACCCGGAUCCGACCCGUGGCCAUUAAGCAGGAGCCACGGGACGACGACGACGUGACCCCGGGGAUGCAGCCCAACUACCAGCACCAGCAGUACCAGCACCCGGCCCAGCCGCACCUCCAGUACCAGAUCGCGCACUGCGCUCAGACCACCAUGCACCUCCAUUCGGGUCACCCCACGCCCCCGCCGACCCCAGUCCCGAGCCCGCAUCACCAUCACGCGCACCCGCCACCGCACCUCCACGUACACGCGCAGCCCGGGUUGAAGCCCAUGGAUCCGCGCGGCGGGAAACCCAAAAAACAGGUGGACAAGAGCAGCGUGGAGUAUCGGCUCCGGCGGGAGCGCAACAACGUGGCGGUCCGGAAGAGCCGGGACAAGGCGAAGCUCCGGAACAUGGAGACCCAGCAGAAGGUGGUCCAGCUCUCCUCGGACAACGAGCGUCUGCGGAGGAGAGUGGAGCACCUGACCCGCGAGCUGGACACUCUGCGCGGCAUCUUCCGGCAGCUGCCGGACGGAUCCUUCAAGCCCAGCUGAGGGACUUGGACCCCAACCCAACCAACUUGUGUGGCAGCUGAGAGUUUGACUGCGUUAUUUAAAAGUACAUUUUGUGCGCUCGUCGGAACCUCCUGAUGUUCUGGACGUCACAUGGGUCACUGAGGUUCAAAGGUCCAGACAGCUUUAUCAGUGCAGCUACCCGAGGACGCAUGCGCCCCGCUCUCACCCCGAUCCGCUGCUGGACUUUAAACUUGUUCUCGUGCGUGCGUGCGUGCGUGCGUUUGUGUGCGUAUGUAUUCAAGUCACGACCUCAGCGUCGAACCAGCUACUAUAGAAAAGUCAAUAGGAAAAUGAAUUUUAGGUGAUUAAAAACGCGCUGACGCCGUUGGUGAUGAUGAUAGUGAUGGUGAUGAUGAUAGUGAUGAUGAUGGUGACAAGAGCGUUAGAUGAUGAGGAUAUUAAUGAUGUUGAUGAUGAUAAUUCUGAGUGAGAGCGUGGACCUGUGUGUGUUUGUGGGCGUGGCCAUCUCUGUCUAUGCAGCGGUGAGUGCCUUGACUUCCUCUCCCGGACACGCGUGGUGUUUGGAAUCCAAAGGAAGCUCUUUUGUUGUCUUUUGUGUGUGUGUUUUUUAAACCAACAACCGUAUCUGAUGCUGUAAAUAAGCUGAUGAAACUGUCGACACGUAAACUAUUCUAAUAAAAGAGCAUC